AUGAUUGAACAAAGAGAGAAGCUGACCCACAAUGAGGCAGCCCUUCAGCAAGCUCUGCAAUUGGGAUGGCUCUCAGACUUGUCCCAAAUCAAGGUGGGGUCCAGGCUUUUGUAUCCCUCCGAGAGCCAGUCAGUGACCUUGGCCAGCUGCCACAAUGAGGGAAACUUGCGCAAGGCAGGGAGCAGCACUGUCCUGCUGGUAGACCACACCUUGCUCUGCACUUGCAGGCUGGCCACAGGGGAGGACAACAGUGAGUUUUUCAUGGACUUCCUACAAACACUACUGGUGGGGUCCCCAGAGGAGCUGCAUGAGGAGCCCCUGAGCAAGCACAAUGUCAAUGCAGAGGCCAAGGUGGCUCUGACUGAGCUCAAGUCCUGCAGAGAUGUCCUACAACCCGUGCUCAAGGUGGAGCUGGUUAAGCUGCUGGUCCAAGUGCUGGGCAGGCAGGAUGGUGCCUAG